AUGUAUAUCAAGCAGAUCAUCAUCCAGGGCUUCAAGAGCUACAAGGACCAGACGGUCAUCGAGCCCUUCUCGCCCAAGCACAAUGUCAUCGUCGGUCGCAAUGGUUCGGGCAAAAGUAACUUUUUCGCCGCAAUUCGCUUCGUCCUCAGCGAUGCCUACACCCAAAUGGGCCGCGAAGAGAGACAGGCCUUGCUUCAUGAAGGUUCAGGCUCGGCGGUCAUGUCUGCCUAUGUCGAGAUCAUCUUCGACAACAGCGACGACCGCUUCCCCACCGGCAAACCGGAGGCCAUUUUACGCCGGACAAUUGGUCUCAAGAAGGACGAAUACUCGCUGGACCGGAAGAACACCACGAAGUCCGAAGUCAUGAACUUCCUAGAGUCCGCGGGUUUUUCGCGCUCCAAUCCUUACUAUAUCGUCCCGCAAGGCCGUGUCACUGCUUUGACGAACAUGAAGGACGGUGAGCGAUUGAACCUGUUGAAAGAAGUGGCGGGUACGCAAGUCUACGAGGCGAGGAGGACCGAGAGUUUAAAGAUUAUGCAGGAGACGGACAACAAGCGCUCUAAAAUCGACGACCUGCUGGCAUAUAUCCGUGAGCGUCUAGGCGAGCUCGAGGAAGAGAAGGAAGAACUCAGGGCGUAUCAAGAUAAAGACCGCGAACGGAAGUGCCUGGAGUAUACCAUCUACAACCGCGAGCAGCAAGAGAUCAACAGGGUUUUAGAAAGCAUUGAUGAGAUGCGGCAGACCGGAGUCGACGAAACUGACGAGAACCGAGAACAGUUUGUUCAAAAUGAGCAAGCUAUAUCCCAAAUCGACAGCGAAAUUACCGAACUGAAGCAGCAAAUAGAGUUUCUGAAGGUCGACAAGCGUCAACUUGAAGAUGAGAGGCGGGAAGCUGCUCGCGACAAAGCCAAAGUUGAACUGGACGUCAAUACUCUGACGGAGGGCCAAUCUGCUGCUAAGCAAUCCAAGAUCCGCCAUGAUACCGAACUGCGGCAGGUCCAGGAUCAAAUUAGACAGCGCGAGGAGGAGCUCACUCAGCUCAUGCCCGAGUACAACCGGAUGAAAGAACAAGAGUCCACCAUCCGUACGCAGCUCGCAGAAGCCGAAGGAACCAGGCAACGGCUCUAUGCCAAACAAGGCAGACAAGCGCAGUUCAGGACCAAGCGCGAGAGAGACGACUGGCUCCGCAAAGAAAUCGACGAAGUUAACGUUGCUCUCGCGACGCGCAAAGCUGUUGCAAUGCAAACCAUGGAAGACAUAUCCGAGCUUGAAACCGAGAUCGGACGGCUGGAGACGGACAUUGCAGAGCUCCGCACACGCAUCGAGAACCGCGGAGACAGCAUGCAAAGUAUUUCAGAAGAAGUCCAAAAAGCAAAAGAGGACCGAGAACGUCUUAUGGACCAGCGGAAGGAGCUAUGGCGCGAGGAAGCCAAGCUCGAUUCUGUCAUCAGCAACGCCCAACAAGAGCUAAGCCGUGCAGAGAGAUUUUUAUCUCACAUGAUGGACCAAAACACCAGCCGUGGCAUUGCUGCGGUCCGCCGUAUCAAGCGCCAGCACAACCUUGAGGGCGUUUACGGUACGCUAGCGGAGCUCUUUGAAGUUAGCGACAGGUACAAAACAGCCGUUGAAGUGACUGCGGGAGCCAGUCUUUUCCAUUAUGUUGUCGACAAUGAGGAAACCGCCACAAAAGUUCUCGAGAUACUCCAAAGGGAAAAGGCGGGUCGUGUUACUUUUAUGCCGCUCAACCGCCUCAGAGCCAAGCCAGUCAACAUUCCCAAGGCCAGCGACGCUCUUCAUAUGAUCACCAAGCUCCAGUACGACCCAGCGUAUGAAAACGCCUUCCACCACGUCUUUGGUAAAACGAUUAUCUGCCCCAACCUGCAAGUUGCUGCACAAUAUGCUCGCAGCCAUGCCGUUAGUGCCAUUACGCCAGAAGGAGACCGUGCGGACAAGAAGGGUGCGUUGACAGGUGGUUUCCAUGACCCCCGUCAGUCGCGCAUUGAUUCUGUGCGCAACGUCAGCAAAUGGCGGGCAGAAUUCGAAGCUCAAAGAGAACGCCAAAACGAAAUAAAACGCUCUCUCGAAGACAAGGACCAAGAAAUCACCAGGGCAGUUGGCGAGCUUCAGAAAACCGAGCAACGACGACAGCAGCUUGAGGGCAGCUACGGUCCGCUUCAACUAGAACUCCGCGGCAAGACCAUUGAUCUGCAGUCCAGGAGGGAGCGUUUGGAUUCGAAGCAAGCAUCGCGCGAAAAUAUCGAGCGAACGGUCCGUGAGCUCGGAGAGCAACAAGAAGCUUAUGAGGCCGAGCUUGCCUCCGACUUCAAGAAGGCAUUGUCGCGCGAGGAAGAGCAGCAGCUUGAAUCCUUGACCGGUCCUAUUCAGGAUCUUCGUAAGCAGCUUUCAGAGCUCAGCACGGAGCGGUCGGAGCUCGAAGCGCGUAAAACCACGCUGGAGUCUGAGUUGCGUGAUAAUCUGCGCCUCCGACUGGAUCAACUCAAUGCGCAAGAUGCGGAGAAUGGCGGUGUAGCAGGUGGAAGCAGUUCCUCUAGACUCAAAGAUCGCCAACAGGAGCUUAAGCGCAUCAACAAGGCUCUUGAUGUCGUUGAAAAGAAGCUACGGGAGACUGACCAGAGUAUCGAGCAGGCUAAUGUUCAGCUGGCUGAGAUAGAACAGAACAAGGCCGAGAAGCAACAACAGCAAGAGGAGGUGGCGCGCGCAAUCGAGCGCCAUCAGAAGCGGAUGGAAAAGAGCAUGGCAAAGAAAGCUUUGUUGAUCAGCAAAGCACAAGAAUGCCAGAGGAACAUCCGCGAUCUCGGUGUGCUGCCCGAAGAAGCGUUUGAAAAGUAUCAGAACAUGGAGUCGAACAAGGCCCUCAAGCGUCUCCAUAAAAUCAACGAUGCUCUCAAGAAAUACUCACACGUCAACAAAAAGGCGUUCGAGCAAUACGCCAACUUCACAAAGCAGCGCGACACGCUCACGAAGCGCCGCUCCGAACUCAAUUCCAGCCAAAGGUCGAUCGAAGAGCUCAUCGAAGUGCUUGAUCAGCGCAAAGACGAAGCCAUCGAGCGGACGUUCAAGCAGGCCAGUCGCGAGUUCUCCAACAUCUUUGGAAAACUGGUACCGGCGGGCAAGGGUGUCUUGGUCAUCCAGCGUAAGAGCGACAGCCAAGCCAGGGCCGAGCAAGAGGAGGACAGUGACGAGGAACGGAGGCAGAGCAUUGAGAACUACACGGGCGUGGGUAUUAGCGUUAGCUUCAACUCGAAGCACGACGAUCAACAGAGGAUUCAGCAACUCAGUGGUGGACAGAAGAGUUUGUGCGCGCUUGCCCUGGUGUUUGCGAUCCAGCGGUGCGACCCGGCACCCUUCUACCUGUUCGACGAGAUCGAUGCCAACCUCGACGCGCAGUACCGCACCGCCGUCGCCAACAUGAUUCAGACGCUUUGCGAGAAUACCGAGGGCGGUGCGCAAUUCAUCUGCACGACGUUCCGGCCGGAAAUGCUGCUCGUGGCCGAGAAGUGCUACGGUGUCAGCUACUCGAACAAGACCAGCAGCAUCGACGUUGUCAGCCGAGACGAUGCACUGGACUUUAUCGAGGGGCAGCAGAAGCACUAG